AUGACAAUGGGUCUUGAUAUUACUAAGGAGGUUCGUAACGCAUACGACGACCUCCAUCACAGCCGUACACCAAACCAUUCAAUGAUUAUGGCUCCAAACGUUGAAAAUCUUUCUGUCGAACUUCUCGAAGAAUUCAAGGAAGGAAUCACUCUUGAUGAUCUUGCUCAGAAGUUACCAUCUGAUCAGCCAAGAUUUAUUAUCGCAAUGCCCGAAAGGACUCACGCGGAUGGUCGUAAAUCAUACCCAAUUGUAUUAAUCGCUUACUGCCCUGCUGGACAGUCAGCCCAAACAAAUAUUGUUUACUCCAAUGCUCGUAGCCAAAUCGCUAAGGACUUCAACAUUACUUAUGUUUGGGAAAUCAAGAAGCGUUAUCAGCUCGGUGAUGAAGAAAUGGCUGAGAAGUUCACAACAAACAAGUGGUAA